AAUGUGGGAAAAGUCACCAAUUCCUAUUCCUGUGCAUUUCUUGUACUUCAUGAACAAAACAAUUCUUAUUAUGUGCAUGAUGUUAAUACCUCACUGAAAGCUAUAACCCAUCCAACAUCAUAUAUUGCCUUUGAGUAUUUGCUCUUGUAAGCUAACCUGUUUCUCCUCAGUCUGCAGGUCCUCUGUGCCAUUUAUCUAGCCCUGCCUCUUGUGUUGGAAUGGGGAUGUGUCAGGAUGGCCAUGAUUGUGCAUGUGAGGUUGGAGAUCAGUGUCAAUUUCCAGCAAGGGCUCUAUAUUUAGCUGGCAAGGGUACUGGGUGACCCAGUCUGACUGCAACACAUACUGUACACACUCCUCUGGACCCCAACGCUCUUUCACCUUCUGGUUGUUUCUUUUUUAUCGGUGUAUGGUGUGUCUUGGUACCACUUGUGUUUCUCAUUGAAGAGACUGAUGUGACUUAGAUAAUGGCUAUGCUGCUUCGCAAGGGAGCUGUCAUCUGUGGCCAACUGACAAUACAACUUGGUGAUUAGUGAAGUGGCAAUUAGAGGCUACCAUGUGCCAGUUGGAGGUGCCAGAGGCCAGACUGGGCCUGAACAGUCCUGACCCACUGGUGAGAGAGGCUUUUCUGAUGGCCCAUGACUACAUAGACUAUGUAACCACAGGGGGGGCAGAUGGCACCAUGGGUCCUGCCCCUACAGCCUGCACUGCAGCCCUGCGCCAUGCCGGAGACGAACUCCUCACCCGCUUCCCCAUCUUCUUCAGGCGCUGGCCUCGCGUCUUCCAGGAUGUGACAGAGAACACAGCCUGCCCCAUGCUCAUGAGCAUCCUGGAUGAGCACUUCUUUCCCCCUGUCCCUGGGGGGCAGCGCAGGGACCUAGCCUGGAGUGCGGUGCUGUCAGUGUAUGUGCUGGCUGGCCAGAUGGCUCUGCAUUGCCAUGAGAGGGGUAUGGUGGUGGUCCUGCGACAGCUGAAGGAGUGUGUGGGGGCCUACGUGGAGAGGGUCAUCUGCCCUGAGAUACGAGACAAGGGAGGAUGGCACGGUUUUGUGUCACGCUUUGGGGAGAAGCAGGGCUUGGAGGGCCAGGUGAAGAAAGUGUGCUGUUGGACCCUGCUGGCAUUGGCCAUAAGCAUCCUCACUUACUUCUUGUGGAAAAGAAUGGUUUAGACAACACUGCCACCUGGUGACCCACAACCAGAAAGUCGCCAAGAGUGAGCUACCAUAUUAAUAUGUCGCCAGAGGUAUUUUACGGUGUAUCUUUUAUUCUGUAGGAACUUGUCAGUCAGUAAAUAACUCGGCAUGUUAUGUUCUGGUGAUAAGAGAUGUACAAACUUCUGGUAUAAGGAGCAUUUAAGCCAUUCUAAUCACAUGCUGGCAAAAAUUGAGCUAAUGUUUGUGCACAAGUAUAUGGCCUUUGAUCUGGUAUUGUAAACUACUCUGCUGUGACAUCCUGUCAACUGUGCAUUAAGUCUGCAUGUGGUCAUUUGGGAUUAUAGAGAUUGACCAGGCUGAAAUAUGUUGAGUCUGUAUCUGCUUUAUUUAUGCUUUUAUGACAAGCCCUGGAGAGCAAUUGUGUCAGACCAUUCACAGUACAAUAAACAGCAAGCUUUAAAACUUAA